CUCUGCCAGUACCAAGCAAUCCGUAUCCAGGUUUAAACUAUGCUCAGCCCUCGGAAACCUAUAUGGUGUUGCUGAAGCAGGUUACUGCGUUGAUACAGUUUGAAGGGACAGUUCGUGUGAGCUCCCACCGUUAACGGAUGAAACUGACUGCUUGCCGGUUCCAAGGCGGGCCGUAUCCUCCUGUCUUGGGUUCUAUACCUCUGAAGGCGGCCUGAAUACUACCAGCUCUGCUUGUCAGCUGGGUGUGCAUUCAAGAAGAAGCAGGUCAGGGACUUUGGCUCGUCUCCAGACAAGUCCACGUUGUUUCAGGGGAUCGGAGAAGCGAGGCAGGCACAGCCGGAGGAUGCUGCUAAUCGCUAGCUGUUGGGUUAUGUGGAUUACUCUUGUUCCAGUAUUUACCAAGAAUAUCUCAUCUGGAAUAUCUUGCCCCCUUGGACAGUUCCCUUGUGGCAACAGCACUGAAUGUUUGCCUCAGUAUUUACAUUGCAAUGGAGUGUUGGACUGCAAAAACCAUGCUGAUGAAGACAACUGUGGGGACAACAAUGGAUGGUCUGCUCUCUUAGAUAAUGCAUUUCUUGGGAAAAAUUCUUCAAACAAUACUGCCCCAACAGAGUGUUUGCUUGACUAUGUUCCCACUCAGUGUUCCUGCAUUGGUCUUUAUCUUCUCUGUGAUGAUAUGAAUCUUCAAAAAGUUCCCAUUGUUUCUCCCAAUGUGACGGAGAUGUCACUCAAGAAUAAUAUGCUAAGAAAACUUGAUGAUGAUGUGUUUAUCAGAUACAACAGCCUUCGGUACCUGUAUCUACAGCACAAUCAUAUUGAAAAUGUGUCUCUACAUGCUUUACGUGGUCUCUUCAGUUUGAAAAGGCUGUACCUCAGUGACAAUAAGAUAUCAUUCCUAAUACCAGGCGUCUUCCAAGAUCUCAUCAACCUACAAUGGCUGGUCGUUUAUAAUAACAGAAUUAAUAAUAUUGCUGCAGAAACUUUUCUUGGAUUGAGGUCACUUGUCUUUGUGGAUUUCCUAAAUAAUACACUGACUCACCUUCCUGAUGAUCAUCUUUGCCAGUUCAUGCCUAAAAUAGACUGGAUGGAUUUUGAAGGGAAUCACAUCCGUGAACUGAAAGAAACUGCUUUCCAGUCCUGCAACUUAACUGUCCUGGUGCUAAGGAGGAAUGAUAUCAGCUUUCUGAACAAAAAUAUAUUUUCCCCUCUCCGCUGGUUAGUGGACUUAGACCUAUCGUUCAAUAAGCUUGAAACCCUUCCUCCAGACAUAUUUAAGAACCUGAUAAAACUUGACCAAUUGAACCUGUCAUAUAAUCCACUCAAGAAAAUACAUGACAACCAGUUUGACAACUUGAUCAAUUUAAGAUCCCUAUGUUUGGAAGGCUUUGAAAUACCAAAUAUAGACACAAGAAUGUUCAAGCCUCUGAGCAAAUUAGAUUAUAUAUACUUCAAGAAAUUUCAGUACUGUGGCUAUGCACCUCAUGUCCGCAGCUGCAAACCCAACACAGACGGGAUAUCUUCAUUUGAAGACCUACUAGCAAAUACCAUCCUUCGAGUGUUUGUUUGGGUUGUUUCUGCAGUGACUUGUUUUGGAAACCUCUUUGUUAUCUGCACGAGGCCCUACAUCAGAUCGGAAAACAAGCUUCAUGCCACAUCAAUUAUGUCCCUCUGCUGUGCAGACUGCCUUAUGGGAAUAUACUUAUUUGUGAUUGGAGCCUAUGACCUGAAGUAUCGAGGUGAAUACAACAGACAUGCUCACAGCUGGAUGGAUAGCGUACAGUGCCAGAUCAUAGGCUCUUUAGCCAUGCUUUCCACUGAGGUAUCAGUGCUUCUUUUGACUUACCUGACACUGGAAAAGUAUAUCUGCAUAGUCUAUCCAUUUAAAUGCCUGGCUCCAGGAAAGUGCAGGACAGUUUCUCUUCUGACUAUCAUCUGGAUUGUGGGAUUUAUGAUUGCUUUCAUCCCUCUGGUCAGCAAGGAACUUUUCAAGAAUUACUAUGGAAGGAAUGGGGUUUGCUUCCCUCUUCACUCAGAACAUACUGAAACUUUUGUAGUCCAAGUAUAUUCUGUUGUGAUAUUUCUUGGUCUGAACUUGAUGGCAUUCAUAAUUAUAGUAUUUUCAUAUGCAAGCAUGUUCUACAGCAUACAUCAGACUGGAGUUAUGACCAAGGAAUUCAGCAGCCAUCUUAAAAAUGAAGUGACACUAGCCAAACGCUUUUUCUUCAUUGUGUUCACAGACGCUCUUUGCUGGAUACCGAUUUUUGUACUAAAAGUCCUGUCACUUCUUGAAGUGGAGAUACCAGGAACAAUCAGCUCUUGGGUAGUUAUUUUCAUACUUCCAAUCAACAGCGCUCUCAAUCCCAUUCUGUAUACUUUAACCACAAGACCAUUCAAGGAGUUGAUUCACCGUAUUUGGCAAAAUUACAACCAGAGAAGGUCCAGCACAACUACCAACAGUCAAAAGAACUACACGCCAUCAUUUAUAUGGGUAGAAAUGUGGCCAACACAAGAUACAACAAUAUCACAAAUAGAAACAACCCAUGAAAUUGUAAUGACUACAUCAAACAUAUACUCUAAUGGUAGUCUGUCCCGACAGAAUUCUUGAUCAUAAAAAUGAGUCAGUACUAGGACUAUAAACUUUUGCACAAUUUAGCCAAGUAGGCCUUUUGUGAAAUGAAAGAAUUUAUACCUGUAGCAGCUGUGCUGUAUCAAGAAUCACCAUAAUAUGUUCCCUUAUAUGAAGGAUUGUGCCUGAUACCCUGAUACAACAGGUGUAGAUAAAGGUAAUUCUGAAUAGUACCUUGUUACAAGCCCUGAACAGUGAAUCUUGCACCAGUAUUGCAUGGUCCUUGAAGUGAGGCUUUGACUUCUCUAAUGCAGUGACAGUAUUGAAAGGGGGACUGAGUUUGUCUCAGUCAGUAAGGACUUCAGCCAAACCCUGAACUUGCUCUUCAGGCAUAACCAUUCCACUGACUGCAUAUUUUUCUGAAGCCACUUUGUCAUGUACAGCUUAGUAUGCAAAUGACUUCCAUUUACGUGAAAGAAGAUGUUAUGUUCAUAUCGUCAAAACAAUUUGUUUGGGGGGGGGGCAAGUUGCUGAAUAUUUACCAUGGUCUGCUAUAGCUGAUUGUGUCAAUUUAGUUUCUGUUUUUGCUCUCAUAGACUCAUGAUCCUUAUGGACUUUGUGUAUUCUUAGUUGCCAUGUGAGGUGCCAUAGCUCCCAUAAAUGUCCACUAGCUAUAAUAUAUGUAAGAAAUACCGGUUUGGUGGUGGUUUUAGUGGCAGGCCUGUGCAAAGGAAAUAUGAAGCUGAAAUCAUUGCAAAUGUAUCUAUAUAGAACUGGAACUUAUCUGUAUGAUUAUAAAAAAGCAGUUAAUAUGGGUUUUUACACUUCAAAUGUUCAUUACUAUGACCAUGGAGGUUCAAAAUACAUCACUGAUUUUGAAGGAACUAUAGAAAUGUAGCAUAAAGUCCACUGUAUCAGUCAUAUUCAUUGUUUACAUCUUCUCUAGGAUACCUCAGAAUGAAAUGAAUGUUAGCUGUGUCUUUUUAAAUACUGCGGUUUAUACACCAUAUUUCUAAAAAAAAAAUAAAGUGACUUCUGUACUUUA